CUUCACAGUUCUUUCCAGCUAGGUCUCACUCAGAUGCCACCAAAUUGGAAAUAAUGAUGAAAACUGGGGCACCACCGACCGCAUACUGUACUACGACUUGAUCGAAUGCGCACAUUCUGUUACAUAUUAAUAUAACUCAUUCGGAAGCUUUGAACUGUAACCAUCUAUUCAGUAACUAUGUACGGAGAUGUCCUGGCCCUUCCCAAGGUGCAGUGCCCCAACCACCCAGAUGCCAUGCUGGUGGAAGACUACAGAGCAGGGGACAUGAUCUGCCCCGAGUGUGGCCUUGUAGUGGGUGACAGGGUGAUUGAUGUGGGUUCAGAGUGGAGGACCUUCACCAAUGAGAAAGCCACCCAAGACCCGUCCAGAGUGGGCGACGCCCAGAAUCCACUCCUCAACGGUGGAGACUUGAGCACCAUGAUCAGCAAGGGAACAGGCGCGGCAAGUUUUGACGAGUUCGGCAACUCCAAGUAUCAGAACCGGCGGACCAUGAGCAGUUCAGACCGCGCCAUGCUAAACGCCUUCAAAGAGAUUACCACCAUGGCUGACCGGAUCAACCUACCGAGGAACAUCAUAGACCGAACAAAUAACUUAUUUAAGCAAGUGUAUGAACAGAAGAGCCUGAAGGGGCGGGCCAACGACGCCAUCGCAUCAGCCUGCCUCUACAUCGCCUGCAGACAAGAGGGUGUGCCUCGGACAUUUAAAGAGAUCUGCGCUGUGUCCCGUAUCUCCAAGAAGGAGAUUGGCCGCUGCUUCAAGCUGAUCCUCAAGGCCCUGGAGACCAGCGUGGACCUCAUCACCACCGGAGACUUCAUGUCCCGCUUCUGCUCCAACCUGGGUCUGCCUAAGCAGGUGCAGAUGGCGGCCACCUACAUCGCCCGGAAGGCCGUGGAGCUGGACCUGGUGCCCGGCAGGAGCCCCAUUUCUGUGGCUGCCGCCGCCAUCUACAUGGCCUCUCAGGCCUCCGCCGAGAAGAAGACCCAGAAAGAGAUUGGAGACAUCGCCGGUGUGGCGGACGUCACAAUCAGACAGUCGUACAGACUCAUCUACCCCCGCGCUGCCGACCUCUUUCCCCCAGACUUCAAAUUCGACACCCCCGUGGACAAACUGCCCCAGCUGUGAUGACCUGCUCGCCCCAACAACACAUUCUUCUCUACUGGGUUCUUUGUUUAUUGAAUUUCUAUGAUUUUUUUUUUCUCUCCUCUGUUCCCUUGUUAAUUAAGCCUUCGGGCCUUUGUCAAGGCACUUUUUUGCAGGAAUACAGACAAGUACAGGACACACAUUCCAUUGCUAUAAGAAUUAGAUUGCAAACUGUACAUACAGUAUUUCAUUUGAGUGUGUAUAUAUACUGUAUAUAUGUCCAAGUGAGAAUGUAAUUGGUGCUUGCAAUAUUAGGCUGGUUUUAUACUGUAUACACCUACUUUUGUAGGAAAUUAGCAGGUUACAUUUUGUUAGCUUAUUGGCAAUGUAUUAAAGUAAAUUUAAAUGCUUUUCUGAAAAGCACGUUGAACACCUCAUGCAUUGAAUAACAUUAAACUUUGUAUGGAAUGUG